AUGGCGUCCUCGACAUAUGGUCGAAUGGAGGAAUUUUCAGUGUCUGAAAAUGCAGACUGGGUUGAGUAUAUUGAAAGACUUAAUCAGUAUUUCGUCGCUAACGAUGUUGAAGAUGCCGGGAAGAGGAAAGCGAUAUUGCUUACCAUAGUAGGUAAGGAAACCUACUCCCUCAUGAGGACUUUAGUCUCACCGGCAAAACCCGCUGACAAGUCAUAUACAGAAUUGGUUGAUGUCGUUAAAAGCCAUGUGAAUCCCAAACCAUUAGUUAUCGCUGAAAAAUUCAAGUUUUAUCAGCAAAAACAACACUCUGGUGAAUCAGUGAGUGCAUUUAUGGCUGAACUACGCAAACUGAGUGAACAUUGCGAUUUUGGUGGAUUUCUUGAUGAUGCAAUGAGAGACAUGUUUGUGUGUGGACUCGCUUCAGCAGCUAUGCAACGUAGAUUGCUUGCUGAGAAGGAUUUGAACUUAAAGAAAUCAAUGGAAAUAUCUUUGAGUAUGGAAGCUGCGAAUAAGGAGACCAAUGAGUUUAGUCAUAAAGUGAAUGUACUAGUGAAGUCUGACAAGAACCGGAAGUAUUCAGAUAAGCAAGUUGGAUCGAUGUCUCGGGAUAACCGUGAAUGUUGGCGCUGUAGAAAGAAAAACCACAACAGUGACAAUUGCUAUUACAAGAAAAGCAUAUGUCAUAUCUGUCAGAAGCAAGGACACAUUAGCAGGAGGUGCCAUGAGAAACCACAGGAGAAGAAGGCCCAUAAACCAGAAAAAUUUAAGAAAAAAUCAUCCAAAGACAGGUAUAUGGAUUCAACAGUGGAACAUGAGCUACCUGAUGGCAGUGAUGAGGAUGCAGACUCUUAUGAGGACACAUUGAGUAAUACUUUAUUCACUGUAAAAUCUAUUGCAGGUGAUAAGCCCAUCUACAUUCCUAUGUCUGUUGAAGGGUCAAACAUUUCAUUGGAGUUGGAUACUGGAGCUGGAGUAACUUUGAUUUCGGAGGAGCAGUACAAGAAAGAUUUUAGGCAUAUUCCGCUGAAAACCACCAACCUGCCUUACUUGGAGACUUAUACUGCAGAAAAGUUCCCUGUUUUGGGAAAAAUACAGGUGGAUGUUGACUAUAAUGAACAGUCUAUCACUUUACCUGUAUAUGUGGUGACAGGAAGUGGACCGGCGCUCCUAGGCAGAAACUGGCUAUCUCAGAUACAGCUUGACUGGUAUUCCAUUGGCAGAGUCAAUACCGUGCGAGUUGACAAUUCCCAGAAGGACUUGGAACAGUUGUUGUCAAAGUAUUCAGCAUUAUUUGAUGGCAGUUUGGGAACUGUGAAGGGUGUUAAGCUUCAUCUGUCUGUAAAACCCGGAGCAAAACCAAAGUUCUAUAAACCAAGAACUGUGCCAUAUGCACUGCAGGAUAAGGUAGCUGAGGAAUUGGAUAGACUAGAGAAGAUUGGGGUCAUUGAGAAAGUGGAAUAUUCUGAAUGGGCUGCUCCCAUUGUACCGAUACUCAAACCUUCAGGCGCUGUGAGGAUAUGUGGGGAUUGUUCGCAUGAAAUCUCGAGCAAGGAUUCAUGUGUGGUGGCCAAAUUUGGAUACGGACAUAGAGCAGCUAGUUAG